AUGGAGACUAACACAAGCCGGAUGGUGACCUUGAAUGGGUCCAAUUACCAUGUGUGGAAAGGGAAGAUGGAAGAUCUCUUGUAUGUGAAGGAUUAUUAUUUGCCCGUGUUUACCGAUAAGAAGCCAUCAGAUAAAACCAAUAAAGAAUGGGAGCUUUGUCACCGUCAGGGUUCUUCUUCACAGAAGAAUGUUUUAUUCGUUGAAAGGCAGGGGAGAAGUAAAAUCAAGGGUCUGAAUGAUAGAAAUCGAAGUAAAAGCAAAUCUGGAAGGUACGCCAACCUUGAGUGUCACCAUUGGGGCAAAAAGGGACCAUCAAGAGGUAUUGCAGAAAGUUCCUCUGGGAGAAUCCGGAUGGCAAAGGCAAAGAAAAGAAGGCUGGAGAUGGUGAAGAUGGUCUAUACUCCCGGUGACUUCGGAAGUGUUAGGAUGGGAAAUGAUGGUAUUGUUAAGUCAAUUGGCAUGGGAGACGUGCACUUGGAGACUGAGAAUGGCAACACCUUAGUUUUGAGAGGUGUAAAGCAUGUUCCCAACAUUCGCAUGAAUUUGAUAUCUACCGGAAAGCUCGAUGAUGAAGGGUUUUGUAACACCUUUCGAGACAGAAAAUGGAAACUCACGAAAGGAUCCUUGAUUGUGGCGAGAGGGCAGAAGUUUUCCUUGUGA